AUGCCUAGCCGUAAGAAAGUCAGAGUAAUAUUGCUCAAGAAUAAAACUGUUCCUAUUGAUAAAUACGAAUCGCAGUGUAGGAGUAAGACGUUUGAACCAAUAUUUGUACCACUCAUCAAACACACACAUGUCAUCCAAGAUUUUAAAAAUGUUUUAGAUACCAUCCCAGGCUAUCUGAACACUAUCGAGUACAUUAUAAUUACAUCUCAAAGAACUGUAGAGUCACUGAAUGAAGCGAUCAUUCCUACGUUAACAAGCGAACAGAAAAGUGCCUUAUUCAGUAAGACAGUUUAUACGGUAGGCCCCGCCACUGCUAACUUCAUCAGAAGAUCAGGUUUCAUCAAUGUUAAAGGUGGAGAAGAUGCUGGUAACGGUUCUGUCCUUGCAGAUAUUAUUAUUGAUGACUUAGGAACAGAUGUCAAGGCACGACCACCGAGUGAACUAUUAUUUCUCGUGGGCGAAAUCAGGAGGGAUAUCAUCCCAAAGAAACUAAAUAGCAAGGGUAUAAAAGUAAGAGAGGUAGUUACUUACAAAACCGAAGAAUUAAGCGAUGGUUUCAACAGAUUUGUACAGGCUUUGAAACCACGCAAUGAAGGUGAAAUAUCCUUGAAUUGGGUGGUAGUUUUCAGCCCGCAAGGAACUAGGGAAAUCACUCAGUACUUGAGUGACAACGGCCGUGUACAAGGAUCCCAUCUACGGGUAGCGUCCAUCGGGCCCACUACUAAAAAAUAUCUAGAUGAUAAUGAUAUAAUCUCUGAUGUUGUCAGCCCUAAACCUGACCCCGAGUCACUAUUAGAUGCUAUUGAACUAUACCAGCGCUAUAAAUAA